AAAAUUUUAAAUGGCGACAGAAGAACAUAAAUAUUUAGCAGAUAUUAUAAAAAAUACACAUGCCACGUUGCGACAAGAAGCUCAGGAUUACGGACCUGAGAUUGCAUGGAAACGACACAUACGCCGUAAAGACAUUUUGCAGAAAUAUGCUUCUUGUAUGGAAAAAUUGGCAACUAUCCACUGGAUGGAAAAUAACUUAAACACCAGGAGUUCAACGUAUUCGAGAAUAGAAUGGAUCAAAUAUCAAUGUGAAGAAUAUUUUUUAAACGAAGGAAGACAGAAAUAUGAUUUGAGGGAAGAAGAUAUUAAACUGAAAAUAGACACAAAUUUGGCAAAAACUGAAGUUGCUAUAAAUAUUAAAUGCAAGAAAAAUCAAAUAUUUGAAAACUUCGAUAACAAUCUUCAGAAAUCAGUUCAAAAGAUAUUAUUAUUGGAUGUAGGCAGUUGUUAUAAUCCAUUCGAAGCUCUAGAUAUAUUUGAAGUAACUGCAAUAGAUCUAAGUGGUAUACCAGAUAAAGUUUUUUGUUGUGAUUUUUUAAAUGUUCAAAUCGGACAAGAAACAUUAUAUUCAAAUGAUAAAAAAGAAAUUUUGCAAUUGCCUGAAAACUAUUUUCAGGUAGUUGUAUUUUCUUUAUUUUUGGAAUAUUUACCCUGCCCAAAACAAAGAUAUAUAUGUUGUAAAAAAGCCUAUGAUUUAUUGCAACCAGGUGGUAUACUUUUUAUCAUAAGCCCCGAUUCAAAACAUGUUAAUGCAAAUGCUAAGAUCAUAAAAUCAUGGAGAUACGUCCUGAGUAAAUUAGGAUUUAUGAGAAUAAAAUACGAGAAACUGCAACAUAUACAUUGCAUAAUAUUCAGAAAAUGUGUGUUUAAACAUGUUGCAUCAAGGUGGGCGAAUUUGCAAGUAUUGCCGCAGGAUGAUCCUUUAUUUUUAGAUGAUACUUCAAUUUAUAUACCACAAGAUUUCCGAGAUGUAUCUAACAAAAUUAAAAAACGAGAUAAACAAGAGUACGAUACGAAUGAAAUAAUGACUAUGUUCAAUGAAUUACCUUUUGAGCAAAUGUAACGAGCAAGAUUAAUGAUUAAUUUUUAUUUUUUAAAAUUGUAAAUAUAAAUAAAACUCUGAUAAAGAAUUACGGCAAAAAAUAAAUAUUGACAUUUUUAACUAGU